GUGGACUGAGCAUCAUCUCCAAAACAAUGAGGAAAUAACGAGAGGGUUUUAGAAAGCAGGACCAAGCACAGGGGAGGUUUAUAUGAGAUUAUUUAUUAUUGCGCAGAUUAUUGCAUCAGAACAAAGAAGGAUGUAUACAGAAGAGGAUGUUUUUGGGAGACGGUGAGGAGGAUGUGUUGCUUGUUUGGAUCCAGGGAUUAUUUAGGAUGAUGAUGAUGAUGAUGAUGAUGAGAAAUAAUGAAGUUUUUUGGUGAUGGGAAUUAACGCGUACCCUAAAGAAGGGUAGGGUAAGGUAGGGUAAGGUAGGCCACUGGAGCCGACUUUAAUCUCCGAGGGCAAAAGUAAAUCUGUUUGGAGAUCCGUUGUCUCAUCAGGACCGGGCAGGGGAAACAUGUCUGGAGAGAAAUUGCCCGUGACGCGGGCGCUGAGUGGAUUUGCGUGGCCGCGGCGCUGCCGUGGAAACUAAAGCCCCAGCGCAGAGGAGGCGCACCCGACUUCUCACCUUUUCUCUCCACAAUCAUGGGCAAGGACGAGUGCAAGACCAUGCUGGACGCUUUAAACAAGGUGACCGCGUGUUACAGGCACCUGGUGUCCGCGCUGGGCAGCACCUCGGACUCGCAAAACCUGCGCGAGGAGCUGAAAAAGACGCGCCGGAAAGCGCAGGAGCUGGCCGCGGCGAACCGGACCCGACUCACGGCGCUGCUCAAAGACAAGAGCAUCAGCAACGACGACCGCGCCGAGUACGAGCGCCUCUGGGUGCUCUUCACCAGCAGCAUGGAGAUCCUCGAGGUGGACAUGCGGAGGUCGCUGGAGAUCGGGCAGGAUUUCCCGCUCAAAGUGCCCACGCGCCAUUUCAUCCAAACCGGCAUGACCGGCAGCACGGGCACGGUGGCGGCCCGGGCCAUGAGCAUGCAGAACAUGAAGUACGACUCGGACCCUGGGAUGAUGGACACGGAGGAUCUGAAAGACCUGGAGGCCGAGAUCUCCCAGCUCGAUCAGAUGAUGGAGGAGAUGGAGAUGAAGGUGCAGGUGGCACCGUGGGCGGUGGAGGCCAAGCAGGAAGCGGGAGCCGAACUCAAGUCCACAGUCAGCGUGGGAAACUCGUCCGUGGGGGUCAUUUCCAUCUGCGAAGAGGAACCCAAGGAUGGGGGCGAAGGCGAAGCUGGUGUCAUGAGGAUCUUCGCAGGCAUCAUAUUCACUGUGGUUUUACUCAUCGCAGGCAUUCUCGGAUACCUGGUCGUCAAUCUUUGAAGUGGGAUCUUAUCAGGACUGUGAGAACAAACAAAAAAAAAAAGAAAAGGAUUUACUUUAGUCUACAUAUCUACAUAUUCACCUGGCACUGGCACUGUGUGUGUGUGUGUGUGUGUGUGUGUGUGUGGCUUGGAUCUAAUUACUAAAAAGCACAUUCAGUAGCAGUGUUAAAUGAAUCAGAGGCUGAUUGCUUUUGUGGUUAUGUAUAAUGAACCUGUGGGCCAGAUUCUAACUCAGUAUUAAUACACUGUACAAAAAAAAAAGUUGUAAAUUUUACAGUAAAUUCUCCAGUAAACACCUGUAAGACAUAUUUAGAGUAAAGCACUGUGAUGUCUUACGUAGUAUCAAAGCCGUGGAUCUGUGAUGUGUGUGCGAUUUACAAUUGGCGCAGAUGAGAUUUGAGCAUUCGACCUUCUAAACUCUAACUAAAGACUUAAACACUGAGCUUAGUAAUUUUUUUCACAUGUAUGGAUUUAUUGAUUUUACAUUAUUUUAUCUAUUUAAUUGGUUUUACAUUAUUUUAUAAAACACAAUACCUCCCCCGCCAACCACACACACAUACACACAUAGCAACAUCUUACUCUCAGCAACACAAAGAAUUCCCGACAGAGAUCAUGAAUUUCAAAAAGGUUGUCCAGAUCUUGUAAACGUCCUCAAUUUUCCCUUUUAAUAGGUUAGUCUUUCCAAAGCCAGGUUACAAGACAUUUCCCUGAUGCACUGACUUGAAGUAGGUCCUUGAAUGUCUGAGCUUUCUUUAAUUUAAAUUAAAUUGGUGGUACAAGUGGAUGUCUUAAUUGACUAGUUUGGUAGAUCGGUGGUUAGGCUUUAAGGUUACACAUAUGAAGUGAGUGAGUGUGUUAAAAUCUCUGAACUGUCAAGCUGUCAUUGCUGGGACCUUUAGUAAGACUUUUUAGCCUUUUUAAAUCCUGCAUCAAUUGUAAAUUGCUUUUUGCUUACAGUUUACAGUAAAUGUUACAGUAAUUUUACAGGUCACCCUGCUGCCAGUAGCAUUCCGUCAAUUCUGCAGCCAUUUUUUUUAACAGUAAAGAAUGAUUAUUAGAUGAAUUUUGAUGAUGUAGUGGAUUUACUGGUUGUGAAUGAAAUACCAUAAAAUCCAUCACAUCUUAGUUUGUGCAAAAGCACCAUUCAGCUUAUCGGGGCUCUUGAGGGUUGUUGCAGUGAUUUCAUGUAACGCACCUUUGAGAAAGCAUGAUUUUAAAAGGGUAUUAAAGUUGGCUAUACACUAUCCUACUCUCUAUAUGGUCAGUAGAUUAAAAUGUCCCUUUCUUUAGUUUUCUGGUUCAGGGGUGUCAAAGUCAUAAGCCGUACUGUAUGUGGCCCAAAAGCUGGACCGAAAACAGAUUUAUUUGAAGUCCACACUGAAUGCACAAACAAAUCGAACAUACAGGGAUAGUAUAUUUUUGCUACUUAGAAAAAAAAAUUCUAAAUUGUGAGUUUACUAUACUAUGUCUUGCAUAACUUAGUGUUAAAACCAUGCAACUGAUUUGGACUUUAUUGGCAAAAUCUUUAAUUUUUUAUUCAUGUUUUUCAGCUAGCCAAUACAAAUAUUUGAUGUCUUUAGCACAUUCUAUUAGUAUGAAUUUAUGACCCUGAGCUUAUUGUUUAGUGUUGUCCCUCAAAAAGAAACUCUUAUUUUUUGGCUCUUUUUUAUAAAUCAAUUGCACAGCAAUUUUUACUAACCUGAACAGUAUAAAGCGAUUUCUCAUGAAUCACAUAUUAUAUGGAUUGCAUGUUAUUCUUUCUUCCUUUAUUAUAUUUUUUUUUUCAAAAUUUACAAUGAAAGUUACUCAUACAGUUUAAGACAUUUGUUUGUUAAUUUGUUUAUCCAAACAACUUUUAGCCAAUCAAUGUUUACAUUUUUUAAUGCAAUUUAAGCCAUUUUAAAUGGACACUCGUUUUUAGCUGCUAAUUCAACUUUAGGCAUUUUUAACUGUUUGGAUUUUUUGUUGUAAAAUUGUACAUUGCUUCUGACAAUGUAGUAAUGUCUUAAAUCAGAAAUCACUAAACACUCGUAAAGAGUUAAUCGGAAUGGUCACGGCUUACUGGUGGUAUCUUUGACACCCCUGGUCUAGCCUUUGCCCCCAUGGACACCACAGAUUAGUAAUUUAGUAGAACUACAUGUCUACACCUAACAGAUAUCCCCUUAUGCUCAAACACAACUUUUCUAUCUUUAGCGUUCUACUUUACAAUUACACAGAUUAACAGUGUUAGCCUAUGCGUCUUUACUGGAGCCAGUAUUUCAGACUUCUCAUUGUGCCCACACAUCAUAUCAGUUUGUUAGUUGUGCCUCAUUCCUACCGCAGGCCCCUUUAGGAUGCACCACAGCUGUGAUUUUAAGUAUUUCACAUUCCGCACACUGUAAAAGCAGCGACUGUAUAGUGAAACUGUACAUAAUGAAUAUUAAUG